AUGGUAGAAAAACUUGAAAAGCCGUCUUUAACAAUUUCGAAAAAGGCAAUCCACAGUAAAGUCAUAAAAAUGGACACUGAUCGAAUAUUUAGGCAACUAUUACUUUUGAUAUUUUACGUUGGGACUGUUGCUUUAGGAUCUUUAUGUAAUAUAAUAAAUCCUCUUCCCGAAUCACACUUUUCGCAAAAGGACAACUAUUUUAAUGUGUGGUUUGUGAAACUUGGUUGGUUUUGGACAUCGUUAGUAUUUGUCCUAUACUCUUGGAAAGUAAUUCACUAUAAAAAACCCGAUCAAUUUAAAUCGUCGCUCUAUCGUUUGGGCAUUGCAACCCUAUAUUGGUAUUUCGUUACCCAAUGGUUCUUUGGUCCUAGUAUUACUGAGUGGGUCUAUGUCGCAACUGGUGGAAAAUGUACUCUUGAAGGUUUAAAUACGCAAUGGACCGAAUCUCGUGCAUGUAAAAGAAAUGGUGCCUAUUGGUCGGGUGGACACGAUAUCAGCGGUCAUUGCUUAUUAUUGAUUCACGCCUCACUUCUUCUUUGGGAAGAGCUCAGUGUUCUGCUAUAUUAUCCGGAGGGUGUGAAAAGGGCGAAGCAAUAUAAGAUGCAUACGCUCUCUAUGAUUUUCAUUCUCUUUCUUUGGUGGUAUAUGUUACUUAUGACAUCUGUAUAUAAUUUUCACAAUUUUCGGGAAAAAUUGUCUGGAACUAUUUUUGGUGUCCUUUAUUGGAUAACGGCAUAUAUAUGCAUUUUUCCAUUGUAUGCAAGAAAUUUGCUACCAUAUAAUAAAGACCUUGAAGCUAAUAUUUCUUGA